AAACGAAGAAGAGAAGCAGCAAAUCAGAUGUCAAAUAGAAGGGACUUGCUCUGGCAUGUCCGGUCUAUACACGUGCUGCCUCAGAAGCUGUACCUGAGUUGCCGAUUUCAAAAAAUGACUUUAAGGCCAGUUUCAUUGAUGGACGAUGGCAGAGACAAGAAAAAAGAGUAGAGUCUCCUCAUCAGGGAUUCUCAGCAACCACCGGUAUUUGUGUUAAAAAGGCCAUGAUGCUUCAUGCUAUGGAGACUGCAGGAGCAAGGACGAAAUGUCAAAAGAUGAUUGUUAAUAUGCAGAGGAAAAGAAGAGACAACCACUCUGAACCACUGGGUACAAAUAAGUUGGUUAAAAAAACAAAAUGGAGUGAUACAAUGCAAGAAUGUCAAAACACUCAGAUCUCUGAAAACAGGAGCACUGAUGCAGCUAAACCUGGACACUCUGUGAUGGUACCUAAAACUGCUGACCACCACAGUUUAGUCACAGCCCUCAAAGACAGCUGGGAGGUGGACAGCGGCUUCUCCGAGGCCAGUCCUCCAGCCAGCGGUCGGAGUUCACCGUGCCUUAGCUCAUGCCCAACCACAGUGGUGGCCUUGGACUGUGAGAUGGUUGGGACAGGACCUGGCGGGUGCUGCAGUGAGCUGGCCCGCUGCAGUAUCCUGGACUAUCACGGCAACGUCCUGUAUGACAAAUACGUCCAGCCGUGUCAGCCUGUCACAGACUACAGGACUCCCUGGAGCGGCAUCCAGAGGCGUCAUCUGAGGAACGCUACACCCUUUGUUCAGGCCAGAGAGGAGAUCAUGAGCAUACUUGAGGGCAAAGUGGUCGUGGGCCAUUCCAUCUACAACGACUUUGAGGCAAUGGACAUACUCCACCCAUGUCACAUGGUCAGGGACACGUGUACUACACGUCUCCUCAGCCGGUUGGCUGGUUUCCCCCGAACACGCUACCCUUCGCUCAAAAUUCUGGCCGGUAAGCUGCUAAACAAGAAGAUACAGGUUGGGGUGAGAGGUCACUGUUCGGUGGAGGACGCUCUGGCCUCACUUGACCUCUACAAGCUGGUAGAGGGCGUGUGGGAGCAGGAGCUGCAGAACAAUCUGAGGGACAACAACGCUCCGCACGAGCCCAGCUUCGCCUCCUCUAACCACUACAUGAAAGACGAGUACUGGCCUGAUGAUGUCACAGCUGACAGCCAAUGACAGAAGGGUAUUCAUGCGACAAUUAGUGGGAAACGCCAAGGUCCAGUUAGGUGGUGAUGUUCUUCAGAGCAGAUAUAGAUCACUAUUAAUAAAGUGAAUGAAAACAAGUAUUGUCAAAUCUGGGAGCUAAAAUUAUCCUCAGUCUCAUAUGAGAAGAUGUGCUGAGUAACUUCUGGGAAAACUAUUGUUUGAAAGCAAACACUUGUUAACUUAUUAUUGUUGAGCAUGUUAAACAUGGUUGAUUAUCCCAACAGCAUAUUUCUGCUGUGAUACCAGAUAUUUGCUUGCAGAGUUGAUAUUAAUCAAGUUGAACAGACUUGAUCAUGAUUAUAUUAUGAAGUGUUGGUGAUGUGCAGAGUUUUCAACAGUCUCUGCUCUUACGUGUGAGGGAAAAAUGUAACUUAACAGGGCAUGAGACUAAUCUUAGUCCACAGAUAGGUUUUUGGAAAAUAACUGUAUUUUUCAGUUUGUUUGUAUUUUCUCGAAAUACCUCUGUUCACAACAUGUGAACAUCUUGUGAUGUGACGAUAUAGAAAACUGUACAAGUCGCAGCUUUUAAGAUGUUUUAUCACUUUCAUGUCAAAAGGAAAACACAUUUUUAAAAAAAUAUAAGUGUUGGAAGUUACCUCAUUGUUUCUGCUCCUAAAAGUCCUAAUAAAAUGACCUCAUUUUAAAAUAAA